CGCAUAAUAAUAUAAUAUUCAGUAUACUUCAGUAUGUCGUAUAAUAUCCCAAAUAAGCCCCCUCCAUUAAUGGCAGUAUCGACCCCGCCAAUCAUAAAGACAUAAACCGAAAGUGGCAUGUAUCUUGUUGUAUUUUCAAACGCUGCCUCCUUCUAUUCUUCGUAGCUCAUACUUUGCUGUAUAUUUCACCCACAUUUUUUUGGUUUCUAUGCAUAUAUCAUAUAUCUACGGUAGCACGCAAAGCUAUGGCGCUAUCAGAGACAUACCGGUCCAUCCAAAGCUGGAUCACUCAACAGCUGGAGUACGAGGCCACACACGGUUCUCCCGCACCGCUGACAGACACCCAACGGAAGCUACUUGAGAAGCUUCAGAUUGCGCUACCUCCUGCUACACCACUUCAACCCGAACCGGAGCUUGGAGAUGCUAAUUGGGUCGGUCUCCUAUUAGAAUACCGAGCUGCCCGUCAACGAAUACCCACUUCCGUUCCCGGAGGUGACUUUAGUGAGAAACCAGGCCCAACUAUAUAUGGGGUUCAGAGGUGGUAUUGUCAAGUGCGCAUCGAUGAGCACUCGGAACCCUUUCCCGGACCUGAUGGUGGCUCGUUCCCAGACGGAACGCUGCCGUCUUUCGUACGCAAGAAGGACGCCAAAAAGUAUGCAGCAAAAUGUGCUGUUGAGUGGCUCGGCGUAAACGGGUAUAUGCAUCGACUUAACGUCGACGGCGUAAAAUCCCCUCCAGUCCAAAAACAACCAGCUACACCACAACCUUCACCAGCUAGGAAGAAGCAGAAAAUUAUGCCAUCUUCACCUGAGAAUCCCGAGGCUUCUACUCCUAGCCCUCGGUCAAACAAAGACCCGGAGAGCCUUUUACCCAAGGGAAUUGCCUCCACUUUCAACGGUGACGAGGUCUCGGCUGUUUUCGAAGUCGAGCGGCUUUGCACUCGACUCGGGUACUCUGGCUUUCCUCACUUUAAAGUCACAGAGGGCAAGAUGGCCGGUUUCUAUAGCGGCCUCCCAGAGCUAGGGACUCUAGCUCCAAAACUGCCCCCAGACAUCGGUCACGUAAAGGAUAUCUACGGCAAAAAGGCAGUUAAGGAGAAGAUCGCAGAGGAGUUGCUUGAGCCUCUACGCAAGCUAGCUGCACAAUCUGGGAAGGCAGAUGGGCAACCCAAAACAGGUUCGUUGCCAGUUAGAGAUACAGAACCGCAGGUUCCGGCCUAGUUAGGUGCGAAUCUGGCGAACUUGGUUGCUAAUGUGACUGCAUAGUGUGACCGGCGUCAGGACUAGAGUGUUGAAGAACAUACAUCUCAUAGAGGGAUCACGAAUGUACCUAGCUACAAUAAAUUCAGCUUCUUCUGGCUACACAUUGGAGUAGAACUAUGGGCUGUGUGUUACGACUCUUGGGCCAAGACGAUUCGGCAUGACUAGCUAGGUUAGUUCAGACUCUCCUUUAAGGAUAAAUAAAUGAUGCCCUACCCCGUCAUGAGCUUCUACAAUUCUAGAAUUUCUGACUUACACA